AUGUCGGCACUGGCACCGCAAAACCCUGUCUCCCACGUUGACCCCAAAAAGCUUGAGGCUAUCAGAAGAAAGUAUGCCGAGGAAGCGGAAAAGAGGCUGAGACCAGAAGGCUCUGCACAAUUCCAACCCCUCAACGAAGCUUCAGAGGAUCGACUCCACUCGCUUCUCGACGAUCCGUGGGCGGACCACGCAAGACUGAAUGCCAGGCCCUCGCCCUUCCGCGUCACCAAGCACACUCGAUUCUUCGUCCUAGGAGCUGGGUUCGGAGGACUCUUGUAUGCUAUAAACCUCAUUGAAUCCGGUGUCGCGACCGCAGACAAGAUCCGAAUCGUUGAUGCGGCUGGCGGCUUUGGCGGGACUUGGUACUGGCAUCGGUAUCCCGGACUGCACUGCGAUCUCGAGAGCUAUUGCUAUCUGCCUCUGCUCGAGGAGACUGGCUACAUUCCGACAAAGAAGUACGCCCCGGCCGCGGAGAUCCGACGGUAUGCGGAACUCAUCGCGUCGCGAUGGAAGCUCAACGAUAAGACUCUGUUUCGGUCUGACGUGCAGAGCGUGCAGUGGAGUGACGACAAGGAGCUCUGGAAUAUCCGUCUCUCUGAGAGACGUGGUCCCGGAGAACCUGUGAUCAAGCAAGAAAUCCAGGCGCAGUAUGUUUACCUGGCUGCGGGUGUUCUCACAAAGCCACAAGUUCCAAAGAUUCCCGGUCUCCUGUCCUACAAAGGGGACAUAUUCCACACUUCCAGAUGGAACUACGACGUCACCGGCGGAUCUCAAGAAGAUCAAACACUCGACAACUUGCGAGACAAGAGAGUUGCAAUAGUUGGCACGGCUGCAACGGCCAUAGGAGCAGUCCCCACGCUCGCAAAGUUCACCAAAGAGCUGUUCGUGGUGCAGCGAACGCCAGCCUACGUAAAAGAACGCGGCCAACAGGAUACGGAUCCCGAAACUUUCAAAGCUACUGUCGCGAGAAAGAAAGGUUGGCAAUUUGAGAGGCAGAUCAGCUUGAACAGACACAUGACCAACGCCAUCUUGCCAGGCCAGCCCAAUCUGGUCAACGAUGGCUGGACCGAUAUGCCCGCUUACUCCGCGGUCAUGGGCUCACCCGCCCACGGCAUCGUCAGCCCCUCCCAGGAAGACCAGGCCCUAAGAGCCACUUGGUUCCACGCCUUGGACCUGCCACACAUGGAAGGCGUGCGCUCUCGGGUCAGCAGCAUUGUCAAGGAUGAAGCUACCGCCGAGAAAUUGAAGCCCUGGUACCCUUCUUGGUGCAAACGCCCCACAUUCAGCGAUGAAUAUCUACAAGCUUUCAACGAGCCGCACGUACAUCUGCUCGACACCAAUGGCAAGGGACCAUCUCACGCCACAGAGAGAGGCAUCGUCGUCGCUGGUGAGGAAUAUCCUGUCGACGUCAUCAUCUUUAGUACGGGUUACUCUGUCACCGGUGGUCGUACGGGAGGCAGUCCAGCAGAAAGAGUCGGCAUCGAGGUUCUCGGGCGUAAUGGAGUCUCAAUGGACGACAAAUGGCGACGCAACGGCGCUGCCACGCUACACGGAUAUCUCACGAAUGAGUUUCCCAACCUCUUCUUCUCCGGUACGUCUCAGGGUACCAUCACGGGUAAUAACGUGUUCAUGUUGGGCCUCAUUGCUCGACAUGUCACGUACAUCAUCUCCGAAGCUGAGGGACGAGUGGGUGCUGGUCAAAGAGCCAUCGUUGAGGUGACUCGAGAGGCAGAGGAACGGCACAGUCUCGAGAAUUUCUACAUCUCAAAGUUUGAAACGUAG